CACAAAGUUAAAUGCGGAAGUUACCGUCAUAAUAUUUUUUAGUAAACAAAUGUCUACCUGAGGACAACUGGGACGUCUGAUCAAACAGACACCUAGACACAGUCACGUUGAUAUGAUGGAAAAGAAACAGAUGGUUGAUGUUCAUUCAACAUUGCUGCCAUACAAUAGGACGAAAUAGCUUACUGCAUUUAGAAAGGUACUACGGCAGCUAGCUCGAGUUAACUUGGACAAAUAGUAAUGUAGGUUGUAUGAGGGAACGUGAUUAAGUCUUGAGUGCCGACAAUGGAGACAUCUAGUGGAGUCGAUGUAAUGGUGGAGGCGUUACCAUGGGAACUGCUCACAGAUGGCAUCCUUCUGGUGAUCAUGUCCUUCCUUGAUGCCAAAAGUCUGAUGUCUGCAGCAAAAACAUGCAAGCAUUGGUACAGAGUGGCACAUGAUAACUCUUUAUGGAAGGAUUUGGUCAUUAACAAGGUGUCCUCUAAAGACUGGCAGAAAAGAGUCCUCGCUAAGGUUGAGGAGGAGUACAGACAAGGGGAGCGACGUCCGCAUGGAACCUGGAAGGUGGAGUAUGUGAGGAUGGAGGACGAGGCGCCACUGGUCCUCAGUGAGACUUUGGAGGGACACACAGAUGAGAUUUACCAUAUCAACUUCUCUGCCAGUGGGAAUCUCUUCUCAACCACAGGACGAGAUGCCUCAGUGAGGGUAUGGAAGUUUGGAUACCCAUGUACCCUGUAUGCUGAGAAUACAGAUCUCGACUCAAUAUUGGUGUACACACGAUUUUCUGACUUCAACCAAUCAGAAACACUGCUGUUGGUAGCUGGCAUAGCUAGUUAUAUAAUGGGGGCCGACAGUUGUACCCUCAUACUCUCGGUGAAAGGUUUGGAGAUUCUGUAUGCAGUGUCAGGGUCUAACGCCAACUUCCGUGGGUGCUGGCUGGAUGACACAGCAUUUCUCAACGGAACUUACAUAUUUACACCUUCAGGCAAUAGACGCUUCCUCAUCAAGAAACACAAAGUGACAGAACGCAGGAAGUCAGAUCAGAAAAUACAAACACUGAUAUCAAAAAUGGAUGCAAAAGGACAACAAUUAAUGAUACUACAUCCGUACUGUAGAAACAACGAUUUUGCUAGAAUUGCGUAUCUUCCAACACGCUGCCUACAGCAGCCCAUGACGCCUUCAUCAGAUGCAGUGUUACCUCUAAGUGAACAGUUUGAAUAUAUUGACUCAGAACAACAGGAUGAACAAAGUGAAGCAACUACAAAAUCAGAAGUGCGUCCAGGGUCCAGUCAGGACUUUGACUCAGUGGCCAGUUGUUCUGCCAGCGAAGACGUGUCACCUGUUUUGAUUUUGGCAAACAGUACAGUAGAAUAUCCAUCGACAGGCUUUCUAAGUUUUUACAGAGUUCCUGAAACAACAGAGGAAACUUUUGAAGCAUGUAAGAAAUUUGGUAGUGCUGAUGCAGGCUGUCCAGGUGGUUUGGUGGGAAUGCGACUGUCCUCAGAUAACAGAUUUAUUGCGUUCAACUACCGGAGUUGUACAUUGGAGGACGGAGAGUAUGAGAAUGGUUGUUAUGUCAAGAGCAUUGACCUCAAGGUGUUUGACCUCUACAACAUGUGUUUUACUGACAUUGCCUACAAGGGUCACUCAGCCACCUCGGAGGAUCACCUCAGUUACAUAUUCCCAGCAGUCUCCGAGCACUACAUAGCAAGUGGGAGUGAAGUAGAGAAAGGCUACCUGUGGGACAGACAUUUUGGCAACAUUCUGGGAGAACUAGAGCAUGCUGCACAGCCUGGAAACGGAGGAGUAAACGCGUCAGUGUUCCACCCCAACUCAGAGGAAGUUCUCAUAACUCUCGGUGACGACAGGAAAAUAAAAGUCUGGCGGUCAAAGCGACUCCUACGCGAGCUUGGACACAGUGACACGCCCAUCAGUGUUUUCAACCAGAACAGCCACAAAAACACUGAACAAUACAGAGCUCAUGAUAAAUCAACAUCUAAGGGUGGCUCGUCAAGGUUUGAUAAUGGUGUCGACCAACCAGAUGGAUUCAUCGAUGACGAGGUUGUAACGUGCUGUAUAAUGAAAAAAAAAUCAAGAAAGACCAAGAUGAGUUUCUAAUAUUUCAAAGGAUUUUUUUGUGUAUUGGUUGCAACUUUCUCAGCGUGCAAAUGUGAAAUGUGAAGUUGGCAUUUUUCAUACGAUACAUAUGUUUUUGAUAGCAGAUGGUGAAAAGGGGUGCUGGGAGCACAUUUUUAGGCCCGUUUUAGACUUUAAUACAAAUCCUACUUGUUUUGGUUCAAUUUUUUCUCCUGAAUAUAAUUAAUGUCUUUAAAAAGAAAACCUUCUUUGAUUAAAUCAUUUUGAAAUUAGUGAGAAUAAGUUUCUAGGAUUAUUGAUGGGCUGGACACUGAUUGUUGAAGUGCCAUUUUCCAUUUUAAACCACUGAAUAAAAGUACUUGGUGUUUCUAUAAUAUACAGAAUAUGGAGAUAUUUAGUGCUACACUUAUUGUAAAAUUGUACUACCAGAUCAUGAAAUGACAAAUCUGCUCAAUAACAAUGAUUAAUGUAGAAGUGAUUCUAUCAGUCUUAUUUAUAUUUGCAUUGGCUAUCUUUUAAUCAGCCUGCAGAAUGUUUUCAGUCAUUAAUUAUUUGAGAUGUUUAUUUCCAUAAAGCUGUGACUCUUUUUAUCACAAAUAAUGUGUCAUUUAUUUUACACAGAUCAUCUGGGUACUUGUCAUUUUUAUAGAAAACUGUUUCAAAACCAAUUAGAUGUGUAUGUACAUAUAUUAUAGUCAUUCAUAGUGCUUUAUACUUCUCAUUACUGAAGGUUAAAAGUACCAUCAGAUUAAAACAUACUAUCAUUGGCGGUAUUAUAUAGUAUAUACUAUAGAAUCAUUUAUUUUUUUGGGUUAAAUUUCCUGGUUUUCAUAUAUACUUACCUGUUUCAAGGACAUUAUAUUUGGCUAAUUUCUGAUUUCCGCCUAUCUAUAUCAUACCAAAUUUAUGUUUUCGUUGGGAUAAUUUCAUGGAUUUUUGUUAAUCACGAAAUAAACGAAAUUCGAAGUUCCACAAAAAUUUAUGAUUUUACAGUAGUCAUUCACAGUGCUAAUUACUGAAGGUAAAGAGUACCAUCAGGUUAAAACAUACCAUCAUUGGCGGUAUUAUAUAAUAUUAGAGCAUUUUUUGCAGAUGUGUAGACAUCCUUAAGAUGCAUUUAUUUUACAGAAUAAUAUAAUCGGAUUGAAUAGGAUUUAUUAGGAUUUAAUUCUGUAAAUAAGCGACACAAUCAGCAAUACAAAAAUUCUAGUAAGGGUAAUGGUGACCAUGCAGGGCAGGCUAUGACCUGAUGUAGCACCUUAAAUCAUCCAAGAUAUUCUCAUCAUUGACUUUUGUACAAACAUCAAGCUGGUAGAUUAUUUCAUAAUUUUCUAUAAGUAGAAACAUUGACCUUUGUACACUGAAACAUGAGAUCAUCUGAGAUUUUCUCUAAUUACUUGACUUUUGUAUAAAAUUUGAUAAAAAUCUGUUAGGAAAUGAAGUUGCUUGAGUGAUGGCAUUGGUUGAUUAUGUUAUUUUUUUUAUAGAAAUAGCAAUAGUGACCUCAUCCUCGAUACUCCAGGGGUUACACUCAUGCACUCACAUUCUCCGCACCCCUAAAUAUGUCAUAGCAAAAUUGAAGGCUUUGUAUGUGCAACCUAGUGGAUGAUACAAGUUGGACAUUGAAAGAAUUGCACUACAGUAUAACGGUAAAACUGACUGGCUUUGAAUUCCGGUAUCGCUCCUCCGUAAUCUUUAAAGGACAGUUAUCAACCGAGCAUUAGUUAAAACUUUUUUACCUAAGACAAAUCAAAUGGCUAACUUCAAGCUUUCCAUUUUUUUCAUGACAUAUUCCAGGGGUGCAGAGAGCAUAAAUGAGUGUUACCCCUGGAGUAUCGAGGAUGUAGGGACCUUGGCCUUGACCUUGGAGUCAUGAAAUACAACUUUGUUUGUGCUACCUUUUUAUAAAUUUAAUCAAAAUUUGUUCAAAAAAAAUAUGUUACGAAAGCAAUAACAAUGUUUUAGGACACAAUGGGAUGGACAUUCCCGACAUUAGUAUAACACUGUAUAUGCCUCAAUAAACUGACAAUAAAAUAUGUAUAGCCUCUGAACAUCUGAUUUCCCGUGAGAAAUGUGUAUCCUUAGAGAAUCCAAUAUUUUUGGGCUAAUGUGUUUGGUCUCUGAAGAUCUGACUUCUAGUAGACAAUUCAUAUGGUUUCUGAAGACAAACAAGGGAAAAAUUGGGAAAACGUUUGAGUUAAUUGAGUUUGUGAAGACAAAAUGUAGGGUCGAUCAGUACGUAUACAAAGUUUUCUGUUUCCAAUACUACUGAACUCCUAGGAUGUUCUGCUGUACAUAUAAAGAUAGAGGACAAAAGGCUCGUGUACAAACGCUGUACUCAUUGAGGUUGACUGGUGAUAAGAAAAACACUUUUUUUUAUCAAAUUUGUCUGUGAUCGUACUUGUAACAUACUACUACAGGUACAGCCGGGGUUUGUGAUUUUUGAAGUUUGAAGGCACAUGUUUAUAUGUAUGUUUUUAUGUAAAUGUGUGAAUAUAUGUGAAUGUGUGUGUUUAUGUGAAUGUGUAUAUUUAUUAUUUUUGUUAUUUAUACAUGUUAUUGCUCAAGUUUAUCUAAUAAUUUGUUCUACGUUUCUGUACUGUGAAGUUAAGAAUGCUACUAGUUAUUGACUGUGACAUAUAUAACACAGGGAAAAUUGUCAGGUGGCCUGUGUAAAUGUUUGAACGUCUUUGUUAGUGACGACACCUUUGAAAGGUACGAUAUACUAGAAUGAUUGCAUUAAUAACACUUACUUUGCAGUAGGUGAUUUGGAGUGAAUUAAGGAAGAUUACUCUAUCAAAAAUCAAUGUAUGAUGUAGCAUGUAGCCGAAUUCAGCAUGGUUUUUGACUGUGUUUGUUUUGAAGAGUUUAGCCAAUGAGGAUAAAUAACUAAACGGCAUCUGCUAACUGCCCUGAGGUUUUACACUUCUGUCCACAACAUAAUGGUAUUACGUUAUAAAUUAAUUUUCCUGAGAUCACAUAUGUUCAUCAUCCCCAAAAUUCCAGGUGUUACGCUCGCUUAUGUUCUCUGCACCCCUUAAAUAUGUCAAGACAAAAUCAAAGGCAUGCAGUUAGCUACUUGAUUUGUUUUAGGUAAGAAAAUUUGACCAAUUGCAAGGCAUAUACCUGUCCUUUGAAGAUUAAAGCGGAGCAACACCCGACUACCAUUAGGCUUAAACAUUAUACUUUUGAUGCAUAUCAAAAAGUAUUCAAUGAUUUGAGUAGUCCAGUUGUACACGAGUGUUAUCCACAAGGUGGUCAGUACGGAGCCUUUGAUUCAGUCGUGACAUAUUCUAGGGGGGACGAGAACGUUACAGAGCGUUACACCUUGAAUUUCGAGGAUGCAUAUUCGAAAGUCAUGUCAGGAUCUCAGGUAAAACCUGGCUAAUCUCAGUCCAAUUAAGGAAGACCCCGAGUAAUUGUUAAAUAACUAGGUAUGUGGUUCACUCUUGUUUUGAAUCUCAUUAUAGUUUAUGAACUGGGCUUGAACUGUCAUUCUAAAAUAUAUACAUUGUUCAUGUCCAUAUCCUGCCAUUACUUAAUUAAGCAUUUUUUUUUUUUUCGUCAUUUGGAUAUUUUGCCAUUCAACAAAUAUCAUGCUUCAACUUGCAAUAUUGCCUGUAAAUAUCUAAUUUCAUUUGCAAAUAAUGAAGAUUUACAGAGAAAUUUUCAAGUUACAAGACUUGUUGAACAGUCUCUAAUUAUAAGUUAAACAAAACCAUCUUCAAUAAAAAUGUUUGUGUGAUGAUUUUUAAGUAGUCGAAUAUUUAAUAAAAUAUUUCGCAAACUAUUACAUUGUUAGUCAUACAUCUCCGUUUGUCAAUGAAAGAAACAUAUUUAAACAGCGUGUCCAAAGUAUUAUAAACAAGAUCUAUGUUUUACUGUGAAUCAGUAAAAUUUCUUUUUGUGAGAGCUAUCUUUUGGAGACAACUCAUGAUGAGAAUUAAUCACGAGUAAAACAAUGCAAAACAAAAAAACAAGAAAACUGACAUAAACUGUGGGAUAUAAAUCUGUAUAAAUAUCAGAUUACAAGUCUUCAAAAAAAGUUAUUUAAAGCACCAUACCAAAAAUAAGUGAUUUACUGUACUGUUCCCUACCCAUCUUUCUGGACAUAAUACAGACUGUGCGUUCCUCUUAAUAUCAAACCAUGAUAUUAAGCAAAAUGUUACAUUAAGAAGUAUGAUAUUAAAUGGCAUCCA